AACAGAGAAUGACCCUCCAUUCUUCAACACCACAAAAGCUACCUAACCUUCCAUUCCUCAUUGUGGGGUGAGAAGCUCCAUAAUUACUUCUAAUAAAGAAGCUCUAUGUUUAGAUUUUCUAUUUUCUUUUCAUAAUUAAUUCUGACACUUAGAAACUGCUCAUAGAAGCUUCUUAUCAGAAUUGUCUUUGUCUUAGAAUCAGCUGUAUUUGCUUUAAAUCUCUACUGAAGCACCCCACCAAAUUAGCUUGAUAUUGGUCCUUUUCCCUUUUUAACUGAUUCAUCAACUAUACCCUUGCCUUUAUUAUGUGGGAACCAUGACUUCCAUUACAUGAUUUCACAUUCAUUUCAAUUGAAUGUAAUUGAUAGGCUAACAAAUGCCAUUUAUUGAAUUGUCACGGUUGCAUCCUUUUUGUAAUUCAUAAGAAUGGCAGCUUGUGUCUAAAAUCCAUGGUGAGAUAUUUCUCUUUUGCUUCCUCUUGUCUGAUUUGAGUGAUUUCCUAUAUUCUUUAUUCUGGCCUUGGACAACAUUUUGUGAAGGUUCCAUAACAUUCUGUCAUAAGCGCACGAGUCAGAUCGUGGCUCUUAGAAUUUGCAUCAGAGUCUAGCGGAAAUUUGCUCUAUGACAGUGACUUGCCACUACACAGUAAUCUCAUACUCUCUUGUUUUCCUACAGAAUUUACAAACAUAUGUUUGGUUUAGCAGUGGAAAACACCAUAAUCACUUAUAAGCAGAAGUUUGUGUCGUGUCACCACCAAUCCAAACUCGAUAUUAUUCCAUGGAAGACAGUGUAGAGGAUUUGUUUAGAAAUUUGCCAGAUGAAAUUCUAAGCUCCAUAGUUUCUUUUCUGCCAAAAGAAUCAGCACUAGAAACCAGUCUCAUAUCUAUUAGGUGGAGAGACCUUUGGAACAAAGUUCUUGUGAGACAUGGAACUAGAGAUGAUGUCACUGGUGUUGUUGCUGGAUUUCUAUCCUCUUUUGAGGAGCUUGAACCAUUAAAGCAUCCCCACAAGCUUCAAUUUCACUUUGCUGAAGACAGUUCAGUACUCUUUGCAAAUAUUGCAACUAACAGUAAGCUUCUUCUUGAUUUCUCUGCUGUGAAGAAAGAAUUUGAAAGGAGCUAUGAACUUCACUUCAAGUUCAGCACUCAACAACAAAUCACCAACAAGCCCAGUUUCAUGGUAAAAAUACUCUAUUUGAAAUCAGUUAGCAAUUUGGCAAGUGAGGCAGUUUCCUCCAUUGUUUCGAAUUUGGAGCAUCUUGAGAACUUGGUAAUCAUGGAUUGCAGUGGAUUGCAAUCUCUGUUCAUUGAGUCUGAAUCAAAGCUUCACAAGUUAACCAUCUUAGAUUGCCUGAAGUUGAAGUCUCUCCAUCUCAGAACUUCUAAGCUUAAAUCUUUCAAAUAUCAUGGACCUUUUCCUAGAAUUUGGCCUGAAUCUCAUUUCAACUUGAGUGAUGCCACCCUUGAUUUCAGACUAGGCCCAUGUAGCAGUGACUUCAAGGCUCAAGAUUUUAAUGAAACACUAUUAACAAUAAAGAACUCUCAAGUUCUAACUAUAUGCAAAUGGACUUUUGAGGCACUGAUAUGGCCAUCAAUUUCUCCUUCAAGUGGGAACUUCAUAUUCUAUAAACUGAGAGAGCUAUGGUGGAUUGACAACCAUGUGUAUGAAAAUAGCAUUGAUGCCUUAGUCUCCUUCUUGAAAUUAUGCCCUGCCUUGGAGCAACUUUUUGUGACAGUAGGUUUUUUACAUGAUUGAUCCUAAAAGUUUUUCUACUCCACGGUCCAAUUCAGGCUUAAUGCAAGCAGCUAAAUAUACAGAACUGGAGCAUCUAAAACUGAUAAAGUUUGUGGGGUUUACAAAUCAAGUAGAUGAAAUCUCAGUGGCGAAAAUUUUGAUUAAGGUAGUCAAGGGAAAGCCUCCAAAGAUAGAGACAUCAAAUGGGAGUUAUUUGGAUGCAGUGUAUAUGCAGUGAUUUUAUUAUAUGUAUAGAAAGGAAAAUGAUAUGAACAAGUCAUUUCCUAAGCCUGCUAGCUUGGUGUUACAGAUAAUUUUUUCACUUUUCUUGUUUUGUUUCUUUGGAUGAUUCCUUGUAGUUUACGGCAAGGAGAAUUGAUGAUAAAUGGAAGAUUGCUCACUUAGUGAAAUACCUAUGUGAUUUCUCCUAUUUUAAAAUAAAAA